CAAUAGAUGUGUUUGUGAUUCAAAUUUCUAGAAUACUUGUCAUAUUCUAGACAUUAGUUCCCGUUUUGUUGUCAUUUUCUUGCAUUAAUCUCUCUCUCGUGUAUAAACGGAUGUCAGGAAUGGGUGGACACUAACCUCAGAUGGAAUACCAGCGAAUACGGAGGCAUUCAAGACCUCCGGAUCACUCCCGAAAAGAUAUGGAAACCCGAUAUUCUUAUGUAUAACUCAGCCGAUGAAAAGUUUGAUGGCACCUUUCACACCAACGUAAUCGUCCGCAAUAACGGCAGUUGUCUAUACGUACCGCCCGGCAUAUUCAAGAGCACCUGUAAGAUCGACAUAACAUGGUUUCCAUUUGAUGACCAGAAGUGUGACAUGAAGUUCGGCAGCUGGACUUAUGACGGAUUUGCGUUAGAUCUGAGACUUUCCAGCGAAGACGGCGGCGAUAUAUCUACUUAUAUAGCUAAUGGCGAAUGGGUUCUUUUGGGAGUGCCUGCCGUGAGGACAGUUUUAUACUACGCUUGUUGCCCUGAGCCUUAUGUGGACAUAACGUUUACAAUAAAAAUCCGUCGCCGGACCCUAUAUUACGGCUUUAAUCUAAUAAUCCCUUCGGUUAUAAUAUCCUCGAUGACUUUAUUAAGUUUUACAUUACCUCCAGAUUCUGGAGAGAAGCUAACUCUAGGAGUAACCAUUUUGCUCAGUAUGAUUGUGUUUCUCAUGCAAUUGGCCGAAAUAAUGCCCGCCACUUCUGACUCCGUAUCGAUUGUCGGCUCUUAUUUCGCGUGCAUUAUGAUUAUGGUUGCGUUCUCAGUAGUCAUGACCGUAAUUGUGCUCAAUUUCCAUCACAGAACUACUGAACAUCACGAUAUGCCUCAAUGGAUCCGGACAAUUAUCCUGACGUGGUUGCCGUGGCUGUUGAGGAUUGACAGACCGGGUAAAGUGAAGCCCCCGAGGGGUCGGAAUGCAAAGACAUCGAACUCAUCGCCUGUUAAGCGACAGGAAAUCGCGAACAUAAGCCACAAGAUGAAGGAGCUUGAACAAUUUCACGCCUCCCGACAGGUGAUGUCGCACAUAAUGGAUGGCGAGGAAGACUUCAUUCAAUUGCAUCCCACGAACCGGUGUUUGGGUGGUUGUCAUCAAUGCUAUUCAAACGUAGACUCGUUUCACAAUAAUCUCUAUAAUAUGCAAAACCGAUCGGCGGAUGAGCCGGAUAUCAGCGCUUAUAACUCGCAAAUGAAUGACUCGCCCACCGAUACCAGUUGUCCGCAGGUAUCCAACUGUGUCCGAGAAUUGACGCCAAUAUUUAGGGAAUUAAAGUUCAUUACAAACCGUAUGCGACGGGAGGAUGAGUUGCUCGAGAUUAUCAGCGAAUGGAAGUUCGCAGCCAUGGUUAUCGACCGCUUGUGUCUCAUCCUAUUCACCACUUUCGCCGUCAUCUCCACUGCCGUUUGCCUCUUCUCAGCGCCGCAUCUAAUCGCAUGAUUCAUCAACACAUCCAUCGCAACCAUCGCAUCCAUUCAUGUUUUCAAUACUCUUUCAAUUAAACAACA